CUCAAACCGUGAGAAACAGCGCCCUCAAAAACGAUGGUGGACAAAUCUCCCUUCCCUGAGAAUUCGUCGCCCCUGGCAUCUCCCAAGGGGCCCGCUCAGAAAAGGCUGGGGGAACAAAAGAAGGUGUUCAUCCUCCUUGGCCCCUUGGGACUUCAGAAACCAACAUCCGGCUGAUGCCACUCGGGCUCGCGGACUCGUGCUGGGGUGAAGACCCAGGCGGAGAGAUCCAGGAAAGGUGACCCCCAUUUGGGGCAGAGCGGGCUGGUUUGCACCCAGGGGCACGGGGGGCGGGCAACACCGCCCCUCCGCGCCUGCCCACCCCAGUCCCGCCAAGCCUCGGUCAGCGAGCCCCGCCCCCACCCCGUUCCCCCUCCCCCUUCGCUCGGGUCGGGUGCUUAGUCACCGUGAGGCUGCGCCGGCCGGGUGCCCGCGCGGCCCCCCUUCUUCCCCGGGGCCCGCCCCCGGGCCGCACCCCCGCGGCGCACACUUCCGCGUGCAUGGCCCUGCUGGUCUGGACCCUGAGCGCUAGCGCGGGCCCCAGCUGGCGGCAGGCGGCGCGCGCCUUCUCCCGCUUCGCGCCGCCUCCAACCCGACCCGCCAGCGUCUUCCCCCGAGCCAUGGCGAGCAGGCAGGAGUCGCAGCCACAGUGCUGGCCCCCAGCCCGCAGCGUCGCGACCUCCUUCGACUACCUGGUGAUCGGGGGCGGCUCCGGCGGGCUGGCCAGCGCGCGCCGGGCGGCGGAGCUGGGCGCUCGGGCCGCGGUGGUGGAGAGCCACAAGCUGGGCGGCACUUGCGUGAAUGUCGGAUGUGUACCCAAAAAGGUGAUGUGGAACACAGCUGUCCACUCUGAGUUUAUGCAUGAUCAUGUUGACUAUGGCUUUCAGAGUUGUGAGAGUAAAUUCAAUUGGCGGGUUAUAAAGGAAAAGCGCGAUGCCUACGUGAGCCGACUGAACACCAUCUAUCAAAAUAAUCUGACCAAGUCCCACAUAGAAAUCAUCCACGGCCAUGCAGCAUUCACGAGCGACCCCCAGCCUACAGUAGAGGUCAACGGGAAGAAGUACACAGCUCCUCACAUCCUGAUUGCCACAGGCGGCGUACCCUCGGUCCCCCCGGAGAGCCAGAUCCCUGGUGCCAGCCUAGGAAUUACCAGUGAUGGGUUUUUUCAGCUGGAAGAAUUGCCCAGCCGCAGUGUCAUUGUUGGGGCCGGUUACAUUGCUGUGGAGAUAGCUGGAAUCCUUUCUGCCCUGGGCUCUAAGACGUCACUGAUGAUACGACAUGAUAAGGUGCUUAGGAGUUUUGAUUCAAUCAUCAGCUCCAACUGUACUGAAGAGCUGGAGAAUGCUGGCAUAGAGGUGCUGAAGUACUCACAGGUCAAGGAAGUCAAAAAAACUUCUUCCGGCCUGGAACUCUGCAUGGUUACUUCAGUUCCUGGUAGGAAACCCACCUUUAGCACCAUUUCAGGUGUUGACUGCUUGCUCUGGGCCAUUGGGCGGGACCCAAACUCCAGGGGCCUGAAUUUAAGCCAACUGGGGAUUCAAACUGAUGACAAAGGUCAUAUCAUAGUAGAUGAAUUCCAGAAUACUAAUGUAAAAGGCAUUUACGCAGUUGGGGACGUGUGUGGAAGAGCGCUUCUUACUCCAGUUGCGAUUGCUGCUGGCCGGAAACUUGCCCAUAGACUUUUUGAGUGCAAAGAAGAUUCCAAAUUAGACUAUGACAACAUCCCCACAGUGGUAUUUAGUCACCCCCCUAUUGGGACAGUGGGACUCACAGAAGAUGAGGCCAUUUGUAAAUAUGGAAAAGAAAAUGUGAAGAUUUAUUCCACCACCUUUACUCCAAUGUAUCAUGCUGUUACCAAAAGGAAAACAAAAUGUGUGAUGAAAAUGGUGUGUGCCAACAAAGAGGAAAAGGUGGUUGGGAUCCAUAUGCAAGGAAUUGGGUGUGAUGAAAUGCUGCAGGGUUUUGCAGUCGCAGUAAAAAUGGGAGCAACAAAAUCUGACUUUGAUAACACUGUUGCCAUUCAUCCUACCUCUUCAGAAGAACUGGUCACACUUCGUUGAGAAGUUCCUAUGGCUGGCAGCUGGACCAGUAAACCUUCAAAAAGGAACCAGAUCGUCACGUUUACUUACCGUUCCCAUUUUAUGUAUUUCAUUAUUGUAAUCAGGAUCUUCCAAUAGUGGAAAUUUUCAGUAAAUUUAUUUAUGUAGUUAGAAAAUUUGUCAUCCAGGAUUGAUUUUCACAUGUCUCACUAAUUACUAUUUUUUCUUAUUAAUAUCUCCAUGAUCGUUUUGUUUUGUUUUAGACUCAUCCCAAGUAUAAAACUACAUGAAGUACAGUUAAAUGAAUGCACUUGAACAAAUAGCACUUGCUGAUUUUUAUAGACAAAGAUGACAGCAGCUCUUCAUACUUAAAUAAUCCAAGUACAGAGUUGUUAUAUUUCUUUGAAGCCAGUACUGUGCUUUGCAGAUUGCAAAGACUGCAAAGCUGCUUCAGGGAUGCGACCUUUCACUAAAAGCAUAUAACUUGAAAGGCCCGCCUCCCAUAUUUUAUACUUUCUUUUGUUCUAAAUGAUUAAAAAUGGUUUGUGCUACUUUUAUGAGAUGAAGUACAUCAAAUUCGGGAAAGAUUUAAGGAGUGAGGGACAUUUUAGGAGUGAUUCUUGCUUUCAGAAGGGGGGGAUUCAGAUACUUCAAAAGUCCCCAUCUCUGCUAAGAGUUCAUAGUUCAAGGAAUGAUUUCAACUUUUGUAUCUGUUCUUGUCAUUUUAUUUUUUGAAAAAAUUUCUAAAAAUCUGAAAAUAAAAUUACAGUCUUCUUGUAAAA